CCCGCAGCUGGCUGGAGUGUGUCUCGCCUCUUCAAGCUGUGUGUAGUGCUGUGGAGCGUCCAACUCGGAAGCUGGAGGUCGCACGGUGGCCGGUGGCACACGCCGCGCUCACUCCUCACUUGCUGCGCCCAGUGUCAGCGGGCAGAACUUCUUGGACCACCCGACUCGGAGCAGCCCCCGCCCCAGAGCAGCUCCAGCCGGCCGGGAGACGCCCCCUGGCCACCGCCCCUGCGUGGCAAGGCCGGACAAGCAAGACCGGUGGGAGAAGGAGGAGGCGGCGCCGCCGGGACUGCCUCCUCCCCGCCCCUCACGUCUCCACCUCGAGCCACCGGGAAGGACAAGGGGACUAGGCACCGGGACCCCGGCCAGUGAGCGCCGGCGCUCCGGGGCCGCCCCUCCGGUGCGCUCUCUUGCUGCGAUCCUGGGCGGGUCGCGCCCCGAAUGGUGCUGGCAGCAGCCAUGAGCCAGGACGCGGACCCCAGCGGUCCGGAGCAACCGGACAGAGAUGCCUGCAGUGUGUCCGGUGCCCAGGCGUCCCCGGUACCCCCGGGCCCGCUAGGGAUGCAGCCGCCGCCGCCGCCACCGCCUCCGCCCCCAGCCGGCCUCCCCCAGAUCAUCCAAAAUGCCGCCAAGCUCCUGGACAAGAACCCCUUCUCGGUUGGUAACCCGAACCCUCUCCUUCCUUCGCCUGCCAGUCUCCAGCUGGCUCAACUGCAAGCCCAGCUCACCCUCCACCGGCUGAAGUUGGCACAGACAGCUGUCACCAACAACACUGCGGCCGCCACAGUCCUGAACCAAGUCCUUUCCAAAGUGGCCAUGUCCCAGCCUCUCUUCAACCAGCUGAGGCAUCCAUCUGUGAUCAGCUCCCCCCACGGACACACUGGGGUACCCCAACAUGCUACAACCAUACCCAGCACCCGGUUUCCCUCUAAUGCCAUUGCCUUUUCACCCCCUAGCCAGACACGAGGCCCAGGACCCUCCAUGGGCCUUCCUAGCCAGCCUCCCAAUGCCAUGGUGAUGCAUCCUUUCAGCGGGGUGAUGCCUCAGGCCCCUGGCCAGCCAGCCGUCAUCUUGGGCAUUGGCAAGACAGGACCUGCCCCACCGGGAUUCUAUGAGUAUGGCAAAGCCAACUCUGGGCAGGCGUAUGACUCUGACACGGAUGGUCAGCCCAGCUUCCUGCCAGCCUCGGCCUCUACUUCAGGCAGUGUGUCUUACGAAGGGCACUACAGCCAUACAGGGCAAGAUGGCCAAGUUGCCUUUUCCAAAGAUCUCUAUGGACCCAACUCCCAAGGACCGCAUGUGGCAGGUGGAUUUCCACCUGAGCAGGUGGGGGGCCUGAAAAGAGAAGUGGGGCCGCUGCUACAGGACGCGGACAGCCAGUGGGAGAGCCCCCAUCGGUUCUCUGGCCAAGGCAAGCCUGAUCUCACAGCAGGUCCCAACCUGUGGCUACCACCCCCCAGCCAGCCCUUUGAGCUGUACGACCCGGAGGAACCUACCUCAGACAGGACCCCUCCUUCUUUUGGGGGUCGGCUGAACAACAGCAAACAGGGUUUCAGCUGCUCCCGGCGACGGGCUAAGGAGGAGCAGGCGAUGCUGUCUGUGCGGCCCCUGCAGGUUCAUGAGCUGAAUGACCUUCACGGUGUGGCCCCCCUGCACCUGCCCCACAUCUGUAGCAUCUGCGACAAGAAGGUGUUCGAUUUGAAGGACUGGGAGCUACAUGUGAAAGGGAAGCUGCAUGCUCAGAAAUGUCUGGUCUUCUCUGAAAAUGCUGGCGUGCGGUGUAUACUUGGUUCAGCAGAGGGAACGCUGUGUGCCUCUCCCAGCAGCACAGCCAUGUAUAACCCUGCUGGGAGUGAAGAUUAUGCCUCAAAUCUUGGACCGCCUUUGGCAGCCAUUCCGGCCAGGUCAUUUGCUCAGUCAAAUCCUGCAUUUCCUUUGCCUUCCACGGGGACAAAUUUUGCACAGAGGAGAGGUGCUGGCCGUGUGGUGCACAUCUGCAAUCUCCCCGAAGGCAGCUGCACUGAGAAUGACGUCAUUAACCUGGGGCUGCCCUUUGGAAAAGUCACUAAUUACAUCCUUAUGAAGUCAACUAAUCAGGCAUUUUUAGAAAUGGCUUACACAGAAGCUGCCCAGGCCAUGGUCCAGUAUUAUCAAGAGAAAUCUGCUGUGAUUAAUGGUGAGAAAUUGCUCAUUCGGAUGUCCAAGAGAUACAAGGAAUUGCAGCUGAAGAAACCUGGAAAGACUGUGGCUGCUAUCAUCCAGGACAUCCAUUCCCAGAGGGAGAGGGACAUGUUCCGGGAAGCAGAGAGAUACGGCCCAGAAAGGCCACGGUCCCGCAGCCCGGUGAGCCGGUCCCUCUCCCCACGGUCCCACACUCCGAGCUUCACCUCCUGCAGCUCUUCCCACAGUCCUCCAGGCCCCUCCCGGGCCGACUGGGGCAACGGCCGGGACUCGUGGGAGCACUGCCCCUACCCCAGGAGGGAGGAGGAGCGAGACCCGGCCACCUGGAGGGAGAACGGGGAGGACAAGAGGGACAGGACGGAGCCCUGGGCGCACGACCGCAAACACCAUCCGCGGCAACUGGACAAGGCCGAGCUGGAGGAGCGGCUGGAUGGAGGGAGGGGCCACCGAGAAAGGUACCCGAGGCCUGGGUCCCCCAGCACACUGCACUCUGCGUCUGUCUACAAAAGCCGAGAAGACAGCCACCACCGGAAAGAACUCAAAGCCAAGUCGGACAAGUACCUGAAGCUACAGCAGGACGCCACCGGCAGGUCCCGAAGGAAAGAUGAGGCCAAGCUGCGGGAAAGCAGACACCCUCAUCCCGAUGACUCAGGCAAGGAAGAAGGGCUGGGGCCAAAGGUCACUAGGGCCCCUGAGGGCGCCAAGUGCAAGCAGAGUGAGAAAAAUAAAACCAAGAGGCCUGAUAGAGACCAAGAAGGAGCUGAUGAUAGAAAAGAAAGAAAAAUGGCAGAGAAUGAGGCUGGAAAAGAGGAACAGGAGGGUGUGGAAGAAAGCCCCCAGUCCAUAGACAGACAGGAGAAAGAAACAGAGUCCUCUGGUCUGGAAAACACAGGGACAAAGAAGGAACAAGACUGGGAGAGUGGAAGUGAGGCAGAGGUGGAGAGCUGGUAUCCCACGAACAUGGAGGAGCUGGUCACAGUGGACGAGGUUGGGGAGGAGGAAGAUUUUAUCAUGGAACCAGACAUCCUGGAGCUGGAAGAAAUUGUGCCCAUUGACCAGAAAGACAAUCUCUGUCCAGAAAUAUUUCCCUGUGUGAUGACCACCUUAGAGUUCACCAAGGAAGGAGUCAAGGCCAUAGGGAAUGGGGCUGCAGAAAUCAGCCUCAAAUCACCCAGAGAUCUGCCUCCUGUUUCCACGAACUGUCCCAGUGACAUGGACGUGGAAAUGCCUGGCCUAAAUCUGGAUGCUGAGCGGAAGCCAGCUGAAAGUGAGACAGGCCUCUCACUGGAGGGUUCAGAUUGCUACGAGAAGGAGGCAAAGGGAGUGGAGAGCUCAGAUGUUCAUCUGGCCCCUGCAGUCCCACAAAUGUCUUCCCCCAAGCCAGCAGAGGAGGAGAGGGCCCAGCAGCCUAGCCCAUUUCUUGAUGACUACAAGGCCAGGGGGACUCCUGAAGAUGGGGCUUGUGAAGGAAGCCCCCUGGAGGAGAAAGCCAGCCCCCCCACCGAAGCCGACAUCCAAAGCCAGGCUUGCCAAGAAGUGACCCCCGAAAACUCCAGGUACAUGGAAAUGAAAUCUCUGGAUGUGAGAUCACCGGAAUACACUGAAGUGGAGCUGAAAGAGCCCAUUUCUUUGCCUUCCUGGGAGCCAGAGGAUGUGUUCAGUGAACUUAGCAUUCCUCUAGGGGUGGAGUUCGUGGUUCCCAGAACUGGGUUCUAUUGUAAGCUGUGUGGGCUGUUCUACACGAGCGAGGAGAUGGCGAAGAUAAGCCACUGUCGCAGUGCUGUCCACUAUAGGAACUUGCAGAAGUACUUGUCCCAGCUGGCUGAGGAGGGCCUCAAGGAGACUGAGAGGGCAGGCAGCCCAAGGCCUGAGGACAGCGGGAUUGUGCCACGCUUCGAAAGGAAAAAGCCCUGAUGCUUCUGCUGCUGCUGGGAUGUGGGAGUGGGAGGCCUGCCCAAGUGGGGCCCUCCUGACCUCUGGGCCGGGACUGAAGCCCGAAAGGGAGAAAAUCCAGGCAGGGCAUGUUGCUUGGGUUUGUUCCCAGAGACUCAUUAAACACCCCCAAAGUAUCUCCAGGAGCCAAAUCACCCUGGUGUGUCCAGCCCACUGAGGGUCACCAACUCCCCGUUGACUUCAGUUUCUCUCAAGCAAUUUUUCAAUUUGCUUCUCUCUCCCUCCCUGCUGUGCCAAGGAUCAUUUCCUCUUCAUAAAAUCUAACUUCUCAGGGAUUUUCACAGUGUUUGAAUUCUUGAUAGGAUAUAACAGGUCAGGCCAGGCUGAGUCAUGCAAGGAAAUGUUUCAUGGAAAAUUCUGGGUCAAGUGAACUGCUUCAGUGAAUGCCCGGUGGUGUCUCUGCCUGGUCCCUGUGUGCUCCACAGGGAGAGCAGGGGAAGCCCAGUGGGACCCUGUGGUCCUGAAAAGGGGCCGUCACAGACAGUUGGCAGAAGCUGAGAGUGGCUUCCUUACUUCUUUCUCCAGCUGGACUACCUUUUAGAAAAGCCCCUGUUUUGAAGGACUCUUUUCUCUUUUGAACUAUUCUAUAAGUCUGCCAGAUUUAUGCCUUAAUGUAAAAUUAAAUGAAUUUUAGGGAGGACAAAAAGAGCCUUUAGAAGCUCUGAUGAAUUUCCUCCAAAAGUAUUUCCCUCCUCUUGAUUUUGGGAGAUGUCAGGGUUUGUUCUGUUCUGGGACAAGGAAUUUGGUAGAGAUUCACUUUAAUUAAAAAUGAAAACGGAAGCAUCUUCUGCCUCCAGCUAAAACAGCAGUUGGCAUGGCCUUAGGUCAGGCGCUGGCCUCUGCAGUGGAUGGCAUUGGCUUAAGAGGGACAAUAACAAGGAAACAGCAUCUGUCCUUGACUCACCCUUGGCGCCCACACCUUGGGGGUACAACAGUCUCACAGUGGCAUGGUUUUCAAAUGGUUCUUAAGUGGGGAAUGAAGCUAAAGAAAGAAAAGGCUUAGAGAACUGAAAUGGAACAUCUGAGGGCUCUUGAGGGUUGACCAAAUGCACAUUCAGACUUUGAUGUUAAGAUGUCAGGAAGAACAGAGCCUUGUUCCCAGUGCUCUGCCUGGUACUGGAGGUCAGAGCCUUCAGGCCCUUGGGCUGUGGCGUCUCUACCCAGACAGUCCAUGGGAAGGGUGUGGUACAAAAGUGCUGGGGGAAAUGAGGGCUCUCCCUCAGCCACACAGCAGAUCCCAGAAAGGUCAGAAAGGAGCCUGGGGCUGUUUUCAGGAGCUGAGCUACUCCCCUGAAGGUGCCUUCUGUGGCUUAUCCUGGGAAAAAUAAAACAAGGAAGAUGGGUCAUGCUCCUCUGGGCAGUUCCUGUUGUCUCGUCUGCAAUCAGGACUGAGGAAGGAUUAUGUGUGAGUUUUUUGUUUUCAUUUUUCUCUUUAUGGUAGGUCAGAGUAUACAGCACAUUCUUUGCACUAAUGGAAGGAAGGUGGAGUGAUUAACUCAAUACCUUUUAUGUCAGGAAACUGAGGCACAGAAAGGAAACAAAUGUAGAACAUAAAAUAAACCUUGAAGCGUAUUGUCACUGGCAAAGAGAGAACCGUGGAAACCUAUGAGAGAUAAAGGUUCAGGCACAGAGGGAAACAGACCAGUCUGGACAGGCGUGGUGAGGAGAGGUUGGGAGAAGCAAGAAACCCAAGCUUGUUGUGUUAAAUAAGACGUAUAGAAGGCCACUGGUUUUUUACGGAGCUCCUGCACUAGGCCCAACAGACCAAACCAAACCAAAAUGGGGUCACUCGUGCUAAGGUUUCACAUCAGCAAGCCAAGACCUUUCAAGAAAUCAGGAGAGAGAGAGAAUAGCCAAAUCCCCCCAAAGGCCAGUUUUCACCAGCAUGACAAAGAAGUCACCUCUGCUUUAACUUUUACAAGGACAGUAACUUUGAAACGACCCGUCUGGCUUUUGUUCUUUGUGUCUCCUUCCUCAGCCCAUUUCUGUCCAUAAAGCUCAGCUCAUGGGAACACUUGUUCUAUUUUGUAGAAUGAGGUGUUGCCCAGUUCUAGAAUCAAAAAUAAAAGCCAAUUAAGAUCUUCAAAUUUGUUGUAAUUUUGUCUUUUGACAAAGCCAUAUGGGAGUAUUAGGAAAGUUGGUAUCUCAAAUAGAAUAAAGUCUGAAGAUCGUGGCUCAGCCCAGAUUGUUCCCCCGGCCAAUUCCACAGGUUUUAACCCAGCAUUCUGGACACCAGCUGUGCCUCCUCUAUUUCUCAGAAAGUCCUCUGCCCCAUGUGUUUCUUCCCACUGUGGGGAGGUCUGUGGGCAGCUCUUUGGUCUCCUAUCUGAACCUUGCUGGCAAGAGCCCACAUCCUCCAUCAGAGCAUGGAACUAUGCAUUAUCAGAGAGGCUGGGUGCUUUGUCUCCCAGCCAAGUGGGAGCAGACCUCAGAGCUCACUUUCCUCCUCCCCCAACCCCAGCAGCAUUGCCAUGGAAAUCCAGAUGGUCUUGUUCCCAAGUAAUGUAAUGCCUCCCUUGCUGAUAGACUGACCUUCAUGUUGGAAAGUUAGAGAGAGCCGCAGGAGGGAGAGAGAAGAGGAUGUGUCUGCAUUCAGUCAAAACCUUCCAUUUAAAAUCAUCUGAGAGUCUAUACUUGUACAUAUAUGUAUGUAUUUUUAUUUAUUUUUAUACAAUACCAUUGGCAUGGUCCUUCACCAACCCUAUAAUUUGCACUUUUUAUUCCUAUGUGUGUCACACCUAAUGCAGUAUUAAAGGCAGCCAGAAAAAUAUUGAUUUAUUUUUUCAAGCUCUCCUUCAGUGUUUUGUCAACUAUUUCAAAGCAUCUACCAGAAAAAGGUUGCCCAAGAGCAGUCUGUACCUUGAGCAACAGACUCAUUUGUACCCUCGGUACAAUAUAAUAAAGGCCUGCAUAAUUUUCUUUUCAUUGUCGACUUGAAAUUAUGGUUAUCUAGACAAUCUUCCCAAAGAAUUUUGUAAAUUUGAUGUUGGUGUGAGCAGCAGCCAUUAGUAUGAGAGUUUCCCAUUAUUGGACAGUUGAGGCUGUGAUCUGUCAGAUUAUAUACUUGAACUGGACCAGAGUUUGUUUUUUGAGUUUAUGAGAAAAACAAAAGCAUUAAAUUUGACCUUGUAAAGUAUCAAACUUUGUUGUGUCCUACAAAUUGUCACCACUUUUCCUGAUCUGUAUAAUCGACUGCAACGUGUUUGUUUUUACAAGAGGAAAAAAUAAAAAUUUUUAAUA